CACCGCCCGAAGCCGGCAGGAAACAUGACACACCUUCCAGUACUUGGGACCCAGGACCUAGGACCUAGACAUGGGCAGGAGGUUAAAGUGGAGGAAAAUGGAGUUGAGUAUACAUGAGGCGUCGUUUCUGAAUCUGAUAUGACAGACCCAGACGUUCUUACAGAGGUCCCGGCGGCUCUGAAGCGCCUUGCCAAGUAUGUGGUGCGUGGUUUUUAUGGCAUUGAACAUGCGUUGGCUCUGGACAUUCUCAUCCGCAACCCCUGUGUGAAGGAGGAGGACAUGUUGGAGCUGCUCAAGUUUGAUCGGAAGCAGUUACGAGCAGUCCUCAACACACUCAAGGGGGACAAGUUCAUCAAAUGCAGGAUGAGAGUGGAGACUGCCCCCGAUGGCAAGACCACCCGGCACAACUACUACUUCAUCAACUACCGCCUCCUGGUCAAUGUGGUGAAGUACAAGCUGGACCACAUGAGGAGGCGGAUUGAGACAGAUGAGAGAGACUCCACCAACCGUGCCUCCUUCAAAUGUCCUAGUUGCUUUAACACCUUCACAGACCUAGAGGCCAAUCAGCUGUUUGAUCCUAUGACAGGAACUUUCCGCUGUACAUUCUGUCAGACCGAGGUGGAGGAGGACGAGUCGGCGAUGCCCAAAAAGGAUGCGAGAACCCUCGUGGCGAGGUUUAACGAGCAGAUUGAGCCCAUCUAUGCACUGCUGCGGGAGACGGAAGAUGUUAACUUGGCCUACGAGAUCCUUGAGCCAGAGCCCACGGAGAUUCUUGCCCUGAAGAAGAGCAAGGAACGUGCUGCUGCUGCAGGGACAGCUGGCUUUGCAGGCGGACACCAUCGAGAAGCAUGGGCUACAAAAGGGCCGUCGUACGAGGACUUGUACACCCAGAAUGUUGUCAUCAGCAUGGAGGACCAGGAGGACCUUAGUCGGCAGGCAAAUGAAGGGAAGCCGGCCAGGGAGAGACCCAUUUGGCUACGGGAGAGCACGGUGCAGGGGGCUUAUGACCCCGAUGAGCUCAAAGAUGGUGGUCGGGAUCUGGACACAUUCCAGGAGCGUGAGGAUGGUCGAGCAGCUCUGGACGAUAAUGAGGAGGUGAUGCGUGCCCUGCUCAUCCAUGAAAAGAAAACCCCCUCUGCUUCAGCCGCCGCAGUGGGAGGUGGUGCUGCCAUCUCGAGUGCCAAUGCCAGCGACUCUGAGAGCGAGACAAGCGAAUCAGAAGAGGAGACCCCACCCCGCCAGCCUGUUGCCACAACAAUGUAUGGGCUAGAGGAUGAAGAGGAUGAUGAGGAGUUUGAGGAGGUGACAGAGGAGCCCACGCUCAUGGUGGCAGGACGUCCAUACUCAUACAUUCAAGUGAGCCAGCGCCCCGAGCUGGUGGCCCAAAUGACCCCAGAGGAGAAAGAGGUGUAUAUAGCCAUGGGGCGGCGUGUGUUCGAGGACAUGUUUGAUUAACCUGUUUUCUGCCAUGGCAGCUUUUAAAAAGACAGAUUUUAAUAAGAGACUCCAUAGCGAAACAAAAGACCAAACUGCAUCUCUCCCUCCCCUGCAGAGUUGCUCAUGCAGGGGCUGGGGGGGCUUGGAACAGCUCAUCUCAGGCAUCUUGUCCACUGACGUGGGACUUAAAACUGUGUAUGCCAAAAAGGGACAGGGCCAUGGUGGGUGCGUGUGUGUGUAUGUGAGAGAGAGAGAGAGAGAGUGUGUAUGUUGAAUGAGAAAGUUUGCAAAAUAAAAUUCCUCUUCAGGGCUACCCAGGCUAGUUGCUGCUCUGCCUCUGCCUCCUGGCUCAAUAGCUACCUCCUCCCCCUGAGAGUGUUUGGCCUAUUCUUUACAGCAAGCCGGAGGGCCGAGCCUAAAGAAAUCUUGGUCCAUGCUCUUGGAGGACUGGAGCGCUCUGUGUCCAGUGAGGCCUCUCUCCUUAACAUUGUAAAGAGGAGAGAGUGAGUCAUGACAAGACUGUGAAUGCUGUGAGAGGCUCUAGAUGCAGGGGUGUGUGAACAGGCAGUUAGUUGAACAUGACUUGGCUUAUGAAACUGGCAUAGUGAGGUAGUGAUCCCAUUGCUGGUGACAGUCAUGCACCGGUGGGUCUAUUUCAGAACAGCUGUAUGUCUCUUUGCUUCUAUCCUGUGCCCUCCUAACAGGCCUCUAGCACAACUUUUUGCCUGGGUAUGUAGCCAUAACUUACUGUGACACAGCCAUGCAGCUUGGGCCCAACCAUGUAUUUUGGCCAAGUUGUGUUUAAGAUGGUUUCCCAACACAACCAGGAGCCCAGGAGCAGACAGCCCAAGAUGCUGUAGUUGUGUCUGAGAGUGCAAAUGGGAGACUUUGCAGAUUCAUGGGAAAAGAGUGGGAGGCGAAGGCUCUGGAAAGGAAUUGACCCUUCUCUGGUGAAACUUACGUAAAGGUCUUGGGUUUCCAACCUCUUUGUUUUAAAGAUCAGAGAAUUUAGCCUUCUCUUUGGAAGGACCAGUCUGUCCGUGUUGCUCUCCCUUUUUCACCUGCCUCCAUCCUCCCUAGACAGACACAACUUGCGCACACAGGGAGGCCACGGGGACCUCAGGGUAAACACCUUAAAAGUGACCUGAUGUUCUGAGGUGCUUUCAUAGCAUUUCACCAGAUGCCAUUGGUUCUCAGCACUUCAAGGUCAGGCGUAACUUGAAGCGCCCAGUUGUGACUUGCUUGGCUCAGGCAUGCAUUUGCUCAUUGUCAGUGUAACAAAACCCUUCCAAGGAUCCAAGCACUGACUCGCCAAGAGAAUUCCUUGAAUAUACUGUCACUGCUCUCUGCCCCAGUCCAAGCCCCAGCAUUGCAGACUGAGCUCACAGCCAGACAGCACCAGGGAACCAGCAUCACUAGGUUUAUUUUCACCCAGAUCUAAGGGGUUGAAUAAUAAUUGUAAAAGGAAUUAUGCUGAGAUGUGAAUCCUGAUGUUUAGCAUGGCACUCACUAGUCAAAUAAAAACCAUUUUACCAGUGCCUCUCUAGCAAUAUCAUAUUUGUAAUGUUUUAUCUUUCAAGUGUUGCUUUUUUAAUUGUUGUGUUUUUCUUAUCCAGUGCUACUGUAAGACAGAGCGAUGAAAGGAGUUUGUGAUGCAGAGCUUAGAGGCUGUAUCAAGUGCUGUUCGAUUGACAGGGAUGGUACAGCUUUGCUGAGAGCUUAAGCAGUAGAGCUGUUUUUUUACUGACUGCUUCAUGUUUUGCGAGCCCUGUGACACCUUCUUUGUGGUUUUAUUUUCGGCCUCUUGAUAUUUUACUCCCUUUAAAAAUAGUGUUUUUAAAUUUGCUUCUGUCUAGGCCUUUUAAAAAAGGAACUAAUAAAAUGAUGGAUCUCUUCA